ACUAUAUAUCGCGAUAUCGACGACAGUCCGUAGCUGGAAGAGUGUGAAAGACUUUACCGUCAGUGUCAAUUUUCGCGGACAAAGAAACUGAAUUCCGAAUCGAAAUAUGAAGCGAACGCUCUUGUUUUUCUUCACACUCGUCGUCGCCACAAUGGGCGUGGACAUAUUUUUUGUGGAAAAAGUUGCGAGUCUUAUAAACUUGACGACGGAAGAAGUGCAGGAAUGCAUCAACAAGACAAGCGUAACUCCCGAGGAUAUAGCGGACUUUGGCCAAAUUAUAGUAGACAACUUACAUACAGAUUCCGACGACAAGGUUUUAAAAAUCGAAUGCUUUUUUAACUGUUUACGCCGGAAAAAAGAAAUGGUGACAGGAAAGCCAUUGGAUUUGGAAAAGGCUAAAGAAAUGGUUCGCAUUUAAUUGGUCCUGACAAAGUACGCAUGGCACACCAAUCAAUGGACACAUGCGAUGAUCGGAUUAAGAGCAUUACCAACGACUGUGAAAUGAGUCUCAAAUUCAUGAUCUGUUACGUGAAUGAAAUGAAACGCCGUUUAAAACAACAACAAUAAUAAUGAAUAAAGAAUAAGAAUUGAGCGCUAUAUAUUAUUAUAUGUGAAGAACUUCUCAACUCUAAAAUACAUAGAGUUUUUUAAACUCCAACAAUGUUACGAUUACAUAAAGGUAAGAGAAACGGAAGUCAAGGAAAGUAUGUAAAAAAUGUUUAUGUCUCCUUAUAUAGAUUACUGACCUGAGACAGGAAAGGACACAAACCAACAGUUUUUGAAAGUACUAGUCGCCUACGCCUUAAUGAAGUUUUCAUUUAUUACAUUUUUAUUCAUAUACACUAUCUAAUUAUUCGUAAUUGAAUCGUAAGUUAUUCGUAGAAUUUCAAAUUCUUUAAUUACGGAAAAACUUUUUCUCUUCCAGUAAACAGAUUUUAAGUACAUAAUAUUGCUGUAAAACGUUUAUACAACCAAAUAUUUGUAAAGGAACAAACUUACCUAUGUAACACAAAGAAAAAGAAAUAAAAAACCGAUAGACAUU